AUGGUGGACAGGAUGUUUCCCUCCCCGGCCGUCAGGUGCCUGGGCCCUUCCUUCAACCUGCCCCUCGUCUCAAGGGCCAGCCAGAUGGGCGGGCGCUACGUGUCCCUUCGCAAGGAGGCGAGGGCCAUGGCCGAGAUGCAGUCGGAGCUGGAAGGCAGCACCUCUUCUGGCCCAGACUCCCCAGCCACGCUGCUGGUGGAGGGAGGCGGGCGCAAGCGGCCGCGACCCGGAGAGACCCCGGAGGCCCUCAGAGACACCGCCCAGACCCCCACGCCAGGCCCCCCACCUGCCACCUGGCUCCAGCCGGUGGCCCUCUCCCGUACCGCCCAGGCCGCAGGGUCGAGGCCCAGGCUUCCUGGCAGCGGCCAGGGCCCACGAAGCGCCGCAGACGCGAGCAAGGCACGCCAGCUCCGGUUUUCCCUGCGCUGA